AUGGAGCGAAUGGAGCGCAGCUGGAAUGUCUCGGGUGUGCAAGAAGGUGGCCUGGCUUUAGCUCAAGUACUAUUUUUUUAUGUGAAAUACCUGGUUCUAUAUGGUGUUCCUGCCCUCCUCCUUCAAAUGGAUGGACUCAAACCUCCAGCUCUGCCUUGCUGUGUGAGCCUGAUGCACAGUUUCACUAAAAUGUGGAGGAGUUUUGAUGUUGGGCUGCAUCGCUUUCUGGUCAGGUACAUUUAUAUUCCGAUGGGAGGAUCUCAGUCCAGUCUGCUGGGAACACUCUUUUCCACAGCCCUCACUUUUGCCUUUGUGAGCUAUUGGCAUGGAGGACAGAGUUACCUCUGGUACUGGGGUGCACUUAACUGUCUUGGAGUCAUUGUGGAAAAUGGCGUCAAGAGGAUACUUUCUAUUUCAUUUAUUCAAGAUUUAAUU